AGUUGUCGAGUGGGGAUCACAGACAGCAGAUCCAUAAAGUCCGAGCUGUCAGACGGUGUUUUACGCACCACUGCACACUGCUUCAAGGAUUACCUGCAGGACAUAAACGGAUUGCAUUGCAGUGUUUUGCACUCUGGAAUUACACACAAACGGAUCUCUAAACAGCUACUGUUGUUAGCACAAAACGGAUGUCAGUGUUGUGGUUAGAGAUGGGAGAGGGUCUGGGGCCACUCUCCCCUGUAGGAUGGUAGCCAACAGCACAGUGGAAGGCCAUGACAAGACCAGAUUGUCUAGCUCAUCAUCAUCAUCGUCAUCAUCAUCAUCAUCAUCAUCAUCAUCAUCAUCAUCAUCAUCAUCAUCAUCAUCAUCAUCAUCAUCCUCUUCCUGUUCUUCAUCAUCAUCCUUGUCAAUACCGCUGGCUAGGCACGAGCUCGCUCUCAGCCCUCAGCGCACAGAGUCGGAGCAGCUUCAGCGUCGGGACAACCCCAUUCCCAGGUCGGUGUCCGUCCCCUUGGUGUACCUCACACACUUCCCUACCUUUUCCUGCAAGGAGGACUGUAAGAUCAUUACGGACACAGCAGCCAAGCUCGACCACAGUGCCUUCUACUGGGGCCCUCUUGGAGUGGAGGAAGCCCAUCGCAUGCUGAGGGAAGCUCCUCUUGGCAGCUUCCUCAUCCGAGACAGCCGGCAGAAAGACGUCUUCUUCACGCUAUCCUACCACGGCAACAGCGGGCCAGUCAGCGUGCGCAUCGACUACAAGAACCGAAAGUUCUCACUGGCGGGCAACGAGCGCUCUUUCCCAUCGCUCUUUGCCCUCUUGGAGCAUUACAUCAAUUCCCCCAAGAAGAGCCUGAGCAUCCCGUACAGGAAAUGGAAGCCGACGCUGCAGGAGCUGUGCAGGAAGCGCAUCAUGGAGCUGUGUGGCGGGGGAAGCCGGGUGUCAGAGCUGCCAGUGACGCAUGUUGUCCAAGGAUUCCUGAUGGAAUUCCCUUACAAACUGUGAACAGACUGCCUUUCAAAGUUUUGGUAGUAUUAUUUUUCAUUUCAAGAAGGAUGUUUUUACCGACAAACAGUAAACCGGAGGAGCGUUUGCUAAAGACUGCUCGUAAUACGAUGGACGUCAAGACUGCGUUGUGCUGGUCACACUUGAUAUCAUGUCCAGUUCCUGAGGUGAACAGCUGCAAAAUCUUUCACCAGAGACAUCAUAACCACAGUCAAGUGAAGGCUGUCUAUAAUA